CACGAUGACACCUCCAAACAUUGCUUUGCAUGUCCUAUGUCUGCUCUUGGCAAAUGUUGCUUAUACAACAACUUUGAAAUCAUCAUUACAUUAUCAUUCAUAUGCUGGAGAAAGUGUGACUUUGCCUUGUGCCUUCGAUGACUUUAAUGUUAAUACAGUGAUGCUUUACUGGUAUAGGCAAACUCUUGGACAGAAACCAGAGCUGGUGUCUACAUUCUAUCGGCAUAAUGAUAAAAAAGACAGCUCUAAUGAUGGAUUAAACAAACUUUCACGUUUCUCACUGGAUACAAAAGAAGGUACAAACAACUUGAAGAUAACACAUCUGCAAAUAUCAGACUCGGCUACAUACUUCUGUGUGGGGAGCGAUUUAUAUAGCUUUAAAUUUGGUGAUGGAAUUACUGUCAAUGUCAAAGGUUCAGGUUUGAACAUCCCAGCUUUGGUCCAUCAGUCAGCAUCUGAGAUCAUCCAGUCAGGAGACUCUGUGACUCUGAACUGUACUGUACACACUGGCAGCUGUGAUGGAGAACACAGUGUUUACUGGUUCAAAAACUCUGAGGACUCUCCAGGACUCCUUUACACCCGCGGAGGCAGGAAUGAUCAGUGUGAGAGGAUACCCAACACACAAACACACACCUGUGUGUACAACCUGCCAAUGGAGAGCCCGAAUAUUUCUCAAGCUGGGACCUACUACUGUGCUGUUGCCUCAUGUGGACACAUACUGUUUGGAGACGGGACCAAGCUGGACUUUGAGGAUGAAGUUCUCUCUCUUGCCUUGGUGUAUUUCUUGAGUGGAGCUUUGACUGUCACCAUCAUCCUGAUAGUUUUACUGGCUAUCUCAGUGUACAAGAUGAACCAAAGGAACUGCCAACAUUCAGAGUGCAAUGCCACAUUUUCAACGUCUUCUACUCUGCAUACAGAACAGUCCGGUCAAGGCGCAGAGAACCUUCAUUAUGCUGCUUUAAGGCAACACAACGGCAACAGAUCAAGAAGAGAGGGGGAAAACACCCAGUCCGAAUGUGUGUACUCCAUUGUAAGGCAGUACUUGGACGAGAACUUUGCUUCCAUUUCCGAACAGCACCUCCCCACAGGAAGCCACAGCACAGUAGUAGGUUCCAGCAUCACUGGAGCUCAGAAUACCUUGGCCAGUUUCUUGUCUGAACCAGUUAACACUGUGUUCUUCUUCACACGACCCAGUGUGUACGCUUCCUUGCAUGAACCUUUUAUUCCCCCACCCCCUUUACAGUACGUAAAUAUAGAGUGCCCAUGCAGUGAUACGGUCAUACGCACAAUGGAAAGCUUCACCUUAAUAGCAGCUGUGCUUCUUUGCAGUCUCAGCUGGAUCUCUGCCUCGGUUAGUCAGACUGUGGAGGUCCAGCCUGGUGAAGAAGUCACUCUGCUCUGCCCCAACGUAUCCAUCCAUCCAACUCAGUCCGACUGGUUCAGAGUGUUCAACAGAGCCAAGCCAAGCUGUGUCUCCUCUAUCUACGGGGCUGGUGGCGAAGCUUCAUACUGUGAUGGAUAUCAACAUGGAAAAUUUGAAAUGAGUUCCAACCUGACCACUGUCUUUCUUAAAAUCAAUCAAGUGGAUAUAUCUGACUCUGGACUGUACUUCUGUGGAUUGUACAUAGGCAAAAGUACAGUCAUUUCCAGUGCAAUCCAGCUAAACGUUGAAGGUAACGGUGAAUCUGAUGAUGAUGAAUAUGAUUUCGAGACCAAAAAGGAGCCUGAUGAAAUGGCAUACCUGAUGAGUUUAAUUCUGGGAUGCUUGGCUUUUUUGCUCACUAUAGUCGUCAUUGUUCUGGCUGUUAAAAUAAGGAAGCUUCAGAGAGAUGCAAAUGAAGAAUCUCAGCCCAAAAGACCCCAGAAUAUGUGCUCUGAUGAACUGAACUACGCGGCUCUGAGUUUCCAGGCGAAGCCAAAAAUAAGCCGCAGGCCUGCAUCUGAGCGAGAGCUGGAGCCAAAUGUAGUCUAUGCUGCCACCAGAUAGACGAAGGAAACGAGUGGAAAUGCAGCUCAGAGUGGAAAUAAUGCUUUGUCAUGGUACACUUCUCUUGUAGCUUCAUGUGUGGGAGAAUUCACUGGCAAAAAAAUAAAUGUUGA